AGUUUAGAGGACCAGAACCCGCACCAUGGGUAAUUUAAACAGCAAAAGGAUGAGGUUCUUUAUGGCCUUAAAUGCCGCCAUUAUCAUUACCUUCAUAUACGCCUCCUUAUCGAUGAAAGAGAUCCUGCCCAAGAGACAUGUGCAUUCCGUUGGAGGGUUUCCGAUGCGCCAUAGAAUCGAGCAAAAUGUUGCUAGCAAAAUCAACAGCAGGAACAGCAGCAAAAAUCAAGGCAGUACCAUCGGAAAUAGUCAGCACACUGGCAGGAGCAAAAAACCGGAAAGGAGAGCAGUUAGUUUACUGCAUAGCAAUAUUGAAGCAUUUCCAUCCUUUUCGGCUUAUUCAAACGAACACCCAGAGAUCGCGGAUAACAAGACAAUAAUGCAAAUCCAACCCAUUGUAAGCAGCAUUACUGGCAGUGGCAGUUGCAGCGAAAAAACAUCAAGUGGUUCCCCCGCAUUACCUGUACUUACUCCUGUGCUUACAAUGAAACUUUAUGAACCUGGCCACUUAAACGAAGAGAUUGAUAUAAAGAGGAUAUGUAUGCACAGGGGAGUAUUUUUAAGGCUGCUCAUUCUGAUCACCUCAGCACAGUCCCAUUUUAGCGCGAGAAUGUCCAUCAGGCAGACCUGGAUGCACUACGGAAGCAGGCGAGAUGUCGGCAUGGCCUUUGUCCUUGGCCGUACCACCAAUGUGGCCCUGAACGAGUCUCUCAACAAGGAGAACUAUAUUUAUGGCGAUAUGAUUCGUGGAAACUUCAUAGACUCGUACUUCAAUCUCACUCUAAAGACGAUCUCGAUGCUUGAAUGGGCAGAUACACACUGCCCCAGUGUGAAAUUCAUCCUUAAGACAGAUGACGAUAUGUUCAUCAAUGUUCCUAAACUGCUUGGUUUCAUAGACGCUCGGUACAAGAGCGAGCGAUCUAUCUACGGACGAUUGGCCAAGAACUGGAAACCCGUCAGAGCUGGAAGGUCAAAGUAUUAUGUUUCACAUAAAUUAUAUACCGGCUUGCAGUACCCACCGUUUACCACCGGACCCGCCUACCUCCUCACUGGAGACAUUGUCCAUGAGCUAUACGUGGAAUCGCUCAACACGUUUUAUAUGCAUCUGGAAGAUGUCUUCAUCACGGGAAUUGUGGCCAGGACCUUGAAGAUUAAGAGAGUGGCGGCCAACGCAUUUCGUAACAGCCGAAUCGCGCUCAGUCCAUGCAAAAUACGAAACGUGAUCAGCGUGCACAUGAUCAAGCCAAGCGAACAAUACCAUCUUUGGAGGGACCUUCUGGACUCGACUAUAAAGUUUCUCAUUGCAGCUGAACCACAUUCUAUUCUUCAGUGACGAAACACUAAAGAAAACACGGAAUGCAAGAGAAGAAUUUUGAUGUCCAGUACGUUUAGUAAGAACCAAAAACACCAAAAGGAUGCGGUUGUUUAUGGUUUUAGGUGCUGUCAUUAUUAUAAACUUAAUCGACGCUUCUUUCUCGAAGGAAAGCAAACAUGUGCCUUCCAUUGGAGGGUUUCCGAUGAGCCAUAAAAUCGAGAAAAAUGGUUUUA